GGAGAUGUCUGACCCACCAAACUGAGAUCCAGAACCUUUGACCUUUGUCGCUUGUGUGUAUUUAUGUGUAUGAAAGACAAACAGAGGGACGCAGUGUGUGUGUUUAGAAGUUGCUCGCUGUCGUGGCAAUGGGGAGUUCUGCGUCGUCUCUGACCACGGACAGAGAAUCAGAUCACGGGUUCGGUACGGCUCCGUUCCCCUCGGCCGCUCCGAUGGGCUGGCUCAGGACCAGCCACAGCAGUCCGGUGUGGGGAACCACUUUCAUCACACGCCAACAGCAGCAACAGCAGCCUAUCCCACACAGAGAACGCAGUAACUCUCAUUCUCCUGGUUCGAUGGCUGCAGUUGUGAGGAAUUCUGAUUGGUCAUGCGGACGCUGCACAUUUCUUAACUCCAGUGGUUCCUUACGUUGCUCCAUUUGCGAAGCUCCCCGGCAGAAGCCGGAUUUGAACCACAUUCUGCGCCUCAGCAGUGCUGAGGAACCUCGCUGGUCCUGCCCACGCUGCACCCUGACCAAUCACCAUGGAUUAGGCACAUGUUCUGUGUGCGGAGCCGCUCCAGUUACAGCCAACGGACCCAUUCCACCCAAACAGGCCCCGCCCACUCCUGUGGACCCCGCCUCCAGCCCUGAAGCCAAAGGGCAGGUAGCCAAUGGGGAGUCCCGGUGCGCGGAGUCCAACGGGGAGCUGUCCAUGAGUGGGGUGGUGUCAUUGGAGUGGGCGUGUCCUCGUUGUACUUUAGUGAACACUCCGGUGGCGUUGUCAUGCUCAGCAUGUGGUGGUCCAAGAAAACUCUCCUUACCGAAAAUCCCUCCCGAAGCACUAGUGGUCCCGGAAGUGCUUACACCUGUGGCGGGGUUUCCCACACAAACGACAGGAGCGUCCGCGCCACUUCUCAUUGAUCUGACCGUAGAUUCUCCACCCCAAGUACCUUCUGAAACCCCGUCUCCACCCCCCAUCCCGUUUCUGCCCCCUUCCCUGUCCUCGCUUCAGAAUAAUCCCGUGCCUCGAAGCCGGAGGGAAGUCCCGCCCCCUGGGCGGCCCCCAAACCCCGCCCCCUCACCAACAUCACCCUCAACCUGCCCGCCUAACAAAUCCAAGCCCCUCCCACCAUCAGACAAUUACCCAAACAAGCGCCUAAGUGUGCUGGAGGAGGAGGAGCCUAACAACCCCGCCCCUCCAGUCACGUCUCCGCCCUCUUGGAAGUGCCCCGGAUGCUCUGCCCCAACGGCUCCUCCUUCGUCAUCCGCCGGCCGGUGCGACGCAUGUCGAGGCUCGCGGCCGGGUUCAGGUGGUGAUGUCAUCGACGUGUUGGGCGAAUCGGUGCGCUUCACGCCGGCGUCGCCGUCCAGCCCGGACUUCAGCUCUUGGGCGUGUUCCAAAUGUACGUUACGCAAUCCGACGGGAACGGGCCACUGCACGGCCUGCGGGUCGUCCAAGCUGCACGGUUUUUCCGAGCCGUCCAACUGCUCGUCGUGUUCUCGGAAACAACCGCACUCCCACUCGCGUGCCUUCACUCCCGCCUCAUCGUCCUCUGUCUCGUCCCCAUCGGCGCAGGACAAGAUUGUGUGUCAGUGGACGUGUCCUGCAUGCACACUGCUGAACGAAGGGAGGAUGAAGCAUUGCGCCGCGUGUCACACCCCGCAGCAGUACCUGAACCUGCGGAAAACAGGGAAACCGCUCAAACGCAGGGAGAGCAUGCAUGUGGAGGCCCGACGACGCACGGAUGAGGGAGAGGCCAAGGAAUUGUGGGAAAAUAUCGUCAGCUUCUGUAGAGAGAACGCGGUGAACUUCGUGGAUGACAGUUUCCCUCCUGGCCCGCGUUCGGUCGGGUUCCCCGAGAAUGACAGCGUCCAGCAGCGAAUCAAAAAGUGGCUCCGCCCUCAUGAGAUUAACUGCAAUAAUUUUAAGGAUCGUGGUGUGAAAUGGUCCGUGUUCAGGACGCCCCGCCCCUCUGACAUUCUGCAAGGCCUUCUGGGUAAUUGCUGGUUCUUAAGCGCUCUGGCAGUGCUAGCGGAGCGACCCGAGUUGGUGGAACGUGUGAUGAUCACCAGAACCAUGUGCCAUGAGGGAGCGUAUCAGGUCCGGCUCUGUAAAGAUGGAACGUGGACGACGGUUCUGGUGGACGACAUGCUGCCCUGCGACGAAUACGGCUUUCUGCUGUUCUCACAGGCUCAGCGGAGGCAGCUGUGGGUGGCGCUGAUAGAAAAGGCUCUUGCGAAGCUGCACGGCUCGUAUUUUGCGCUGCAGGCCGGCCGUGCCAUCGAGGGUUUGGCGACGCUCACUGGCGCCCCCUGUGAGAGUCUGAUGCUGCAGGUCAGCUCAACCAACCCCCGUGAAGAACCAAUCGACACGGACCUCAUAUGGGCUAAGAUGCUCAGCUCCAAAGAGGCGGGUUUUCUGAUGGGAGCGUCUUGUGGAGGCGGAAACAUGAAGGUUGAUGACGCUGUGUAUGAAUCUCUGGGACUCCGUCCGAGACACGCAUACUCCAUACUGGACGUCAGAGACGUUCAGGGCUACAGACUGCUGCGUUUGAGGAACCCCUGGGGCCGGUUCUCCUGGAACGGCUCCUGGUCGGACGAGUGGGCCGACUGGCCUCAGCAUCUGCGUCACGAGCUCAUGGCUCACGGCAGCAGUGAAGGCGUGUUCUGGAUGGAGUACGGAGACUUCAUUAAGUACUUUGACUCGGUGGAUAUCUGCAAGAUUCAUGCUGACUGGCAGGAGGUGCGUCUGCAGGGCUGCUUCCCGUGCCGGGCGAGUAAACCGGUGACCGUGACCGCGCUCACGGUCCUGGAGAGAACCGCGCUGGAGUUCGCCCUCUUCCAGGAGGGCAGCAGGCGCUCAGACACGGCUGACAGUCACCUGUUGGAUCUGUGCAUUAUGGUCUUCCGGGCCUCGUUCGGUAACGGGAAUAAGCUGGUACUGGGGCGUCUGUUAGCACACAGCAAGCGCGCGGUGAAGAAGUUUGUAGGAUGUGAUGUGAUGCUGGAGCCGGGAGAGUAUGCGGUGGUUUGCUGUGCCUUCAACCACUGGCAGAUGGACCUGACCGGGACGUCAACACCAGUGUCCAGUCCCACUAACGCCCGGAGACCCAGUCAGGAUUACCCAGGGUACAUCUUGGCCAUCUACAGCUCCAGACAGGUGAUGGUGGAGCAGGUGGAGGCCCCGUCCACAACACUCGCUGAUGCCAUCAUCCUGAUGACGGAGAACAAGGGGGAGAGACAUGAGGGUCGUGAAGGGAUGACAUGUUACUACCUGACUCACGGGUGGGCGGGGCUUAUCGUCGUCGUGGAGAACCGUCACCCAAAGUACUACCUCCAUGUGUCAUGUGACUGUACUGACAGCUUCAAUGUGGUGUCGACCCGAGGCAGCCUGAAGACCAUCGACAGCGUGCCGCCCUUGCACAGGCAGGUACUGGUGGUCCUGUCCCAGUUGGAGGGGAACGCUGGAUUCUCCAUCACACACAGAUUGGCCCAUAGGAAAGCAGCGCAGGCGUCUCUGGGCGACUGGACGUCGAGUAAAGCCACACACUCGCCCCAACUUACCCCGGACACUGACGGACUGCACAGACCGCGGCCGCUUUGACACACGCUUAAACACACACACACACACACAGACAGACAUGAAACUACAUAGACCAA